CACCUCCAACGAGGUGGAGGUGUUGCGUAGGGGCGUGGGAUGGAUAUCUGGGAUGCCUGCCCCCGUUUCGACGAAUGCGCUUGUCUUGCAGCCAUUGCGGCCAUCGCAUCGCAGCCUCGCUGAUCUGUUCUGAGUGAGAUCUCCUCAUUGUCAGAGCUUCUGCUGGCGGGGUCCUGCCCCACGUGGCCAUUCUUUUCCCUUGGAUUUCAUUGUGUGUAUUCUAAGGAUUAGUUUAGGGUUGAGGAUGACGCUUUGGCAAUCUGAUCAGGGAGUUGAUUAGUAGCGAGAUAGUCCGAGAUAGAGAGUGAGAGAGAGUGAGAGAGAGAGAGGCUUUGGAGUCUUCUGGCUUCGAUUCGAUGUCAGGUGGUUUGUUCCAUUAGGGGAUUCGAGGGUGUUGAGUUGGAGCUUAUUUGGAGGAGCGUGGAAUUUAAGCACGUAGGGUUGAUUGACGCGUCAUUUGAUGAUCUGGAGUUGGUGGAGCUUGAGAAUGAUUUUUAGUUCGUGAGGUGUUUGGCGAUUUGUUUGAUUUUACCAACGCUGGUCGAGGUUUGCUGUUGGAUCAUGACGCGGGGAAAGUCAUGGAUUGAAAAGGCGUGAAAGGGCUUUGCAGGAUUGUUGAGGACCAAGGCCAGAGGUUGAGUGUAUUGCGGGUGAACUAGUUGUGUCAGGUUCCAUAUUUUUCCGAUCGUACGUUUGAAGGUGGUUUCUCCUGGAAGGUUGCCGUGAAAGUCGCUCCAUGCGUUUUUGAAGACUUACUCCUACUUUGGGUGGAGCUACAAUCCUUCGCUAAUACCGAGAGAUCUGCAAGUAAUUUGUUGAUAAGAACUCCUGGUCACAGCAAGGAAUUCAAUUAUGGAGCAAAGUGAAAACAAUGCUCAAGCUGAAGAAAAGACACAGAGCUUAGAAUGGACGGCACAGCUCCAGGAAGGGGGCUCAUUGUCUUACGUUGAUAUUAGUGAUGGUAGCACAGGAUGGACUUCUAUUCCAGGAGGAUUUUUCACUGUACGGGGCCCUCAGUACUUGGCAGACAGAGUAAAAAUUCCUGGAGGUGAGUGUUUACUUCGGCCCCUGGCAUUGGACUGGUUGAAGAGCAGUUCCAGAAUCGAUUGUGUUAUGCAACAAUCCACCAACAGGGUCAGAUUGGCUUUAGAUCGAGCACAGAAGGCUUGUGCCCAGAAGCCUUUUGUGUGGGCCUUUAAUCUCCAGAUCCCAAGCAAGGAGCACUACAGUGUAGUUUCAUACUUUGUAACAUUCAAUGAGUUUGAGGAGGGAUCUGUGUGGGACCGCUUCUUGAAGGGAGACGAUGUAUUUAAGAACAACCGCUUGAAGCUUAUAGCAAAUAUAUCUGAAGGGCCGUGGAUUGUUAAAACAGCAGUUGGAGAGCAGGCUAUUUGCAUUCUUGGCAGAUCCCUCACUUGCAGAUACUUGCAAGGAUCCAAUUUCAUAGAGGUUGACGUGGAUAUUGGAUCAUCUAUUGUUGCGAACGCAAUUGUGCAUCUUGCCAUUGGGUACAUUACUACCCUCACCGUCGACCUGGCUUUCCUUCUGGAAGGACAGAUGGAGAGUGAGCUCCCAGAGCAAAUUUUGGGCACUAUAAGACUUAAAAAAUUGGACCUUGCAGCUGCUGUUUCAGUGGAGCUGACACCAGAGGGUGCCACUCCAACCAUUACAGAAGGUACUUCCUUUCAGUCCCGAUUAUGGAGAUCUUUUGGUCAAGGGCUCUCCACGCUUAUGCAACCUGCUGGUCCUGCUGGUCAAAUCAAACAAGAUGGUGAAGCUAAGUGAACAUUAACGACGUGCAUCUGUUGAAUUGAUGUACAACAGUACUUUCAUUUCCUUCUAGAAUACCUUACAUUAAUUUUUUUGGUCAAAUGACGUCAAAAGGAAUGGAGAUCAUGUUGCAAAGGAUCUUAUACUUCAAUCUACCAGUAAUCAGCUGGUGAACUGUACACACUAUUUUUGAUACAUCUGUUUGUGGAUGUUCAUAUGUCACAAAUUGCAUAUUCUUGUUAGCCCGAGAAAUCUCUUGGCAUCAGUUGCCAUGAGUAUAGUCGUCUAAGCAUUUCAGUUUUAAGGAUCUUACAUUACUGCAGGCAUUAGGUAUAUGAUAAUAUCAGUUCAUUAGUUCAGUGGCACUGCUGGAUUUCAAUUGCUUCUUAAAUUUAUAUUACGUUUGAGUUACAGCACAAUGAAGUUAUCUGAAUUAUUUUUA